CUGCUGUCGUGGCGCCAAGACGUGGUGCCAAAAUGCGGAGUCGUUAGAAGAUCUCAAAACCUCAAGAUCAUUCCAGGAGUUUCGUUAUUUUGUGCCAGAAGGAAGAAGACUUUAUAAGCACCGUGUGGGAGAGCCAACAAGUGUGCCAAAGACAAGGAAGGAAAAAGGGAAAGAUAUUCAGUUCCAAGCCUCCAGUCAGGAAACACGACCAUGCAGAGGAAGAUCCUGGUCGUCGAGGCCGUGGUGGUCGUGAUGCUGUCGCUCACGGUUUCCAUGGCAACCUCUUACAAAGUGGGGUUUGGGGGAUGUCCCCCUGUCAACCCCAUGAAGAAUUUCCAACCGGCUGAGUUCCAGGGAAUUUGGUACGCGAUCGAGAUGUUCAGCACGAACAGCAAGUGUGUUAGUUUGACCUUUCACCGCUUGGGCAAGAACGACUUCAAGGUCACGGAGGGCAGGGAGUUCGUCGCCGCACAGGUCGUCGGGAUUGACCACUCCUUCAAGACCAAGGGUAUUUACAACUCGAGGGCGCCGCUCGAACCUGCCAAGUUCCACGCCAGGUGGUCCAAUAACAUCUUCGGAGCAGCAGAGGCCAUCAUCGUAGACACGGACUAUUGGCAGUACGCUGUGAUCGUGGAGUGCCAGUCCGUCAUGUACUUUAUGAAGCGAACGUCCGCCAUGAUCCUCAGCCGCAGAAGGGACCUCGAUAUGCGCGUCCUCAACCAGGUAAAGCGAGAUCUCUGCGACGGGUAUGGCUUCGACUGCAAGGACUUUGGGACAAUCGACCACAACCGCUGCGCAAGCACCCAGCGUGAACCCGAGAGGAAGGACGUCGCCAGGGCCAGUCCCCUCAACAAGCCGAAGCCCUUGAGGAUGUUCCCGAUGCCCGAGGUGGUCAGGACAACGCCCUCGACGAAGAUCAAGCAUCGCACCUUCCGCCCGGUCACGCAGAAGCCGACGAUGGCCCCGACCACCCCCAGGGUCUAUGGAAAGCUGCAGAAGUGGUGCCUCGACUUCUUCUGCUAAAGGGCGGGUGGGGUCUAGCAGAAUUGGUGCCUGGAUUUCCGCUGGACGUCAAAUAGGGUCUAGCAGCAGUGUUGACCAGAUUUCUUCUAGGGAUUAGAUGGAAUCUAGCAGAAACGGUGAUUGGAUUUCUGGUAGGCAUUAAAUGGGAUUUAGCAGAAGUAGUACGAUGACUUUGCUAAAUUCUGAGUAAAGUAUAGCAAUAAUGAUGCCACGACUUCUAGUAAACGCACGCAGGGUCUAGCAAAUCCGGUGCAUCGACUUCUGCUGGGCGUCGGAAAGGAGGACUUUGUUGGUUCCUGCAGGAGCGGCGCCGAUCUUUAAUGUAUUAUAUCAUCUCUAUGCUGUAGAUAACAAGUGAAGUCUGUACUACGCUUGCACUAACUGGGCAGGAUUUUCAAGUCUUUUUUUACUGCUGAGAAAGUUUUUCAUUAAAAGCAGCGCCUAAUUACAGAUUACGACCAUAGAUAGAAAAUAGAAACCUAUGCUAUUAUGAACCAAUCAGCUGUAACAAUAGCACGUGUUGAGAAAGGGGGCGUGGUUACAAGUUGAUGUGAAAGCAGAAUAAUUUGUUAAGGUGAUGUAGUUACCAAAGGCCUCCACAUCGUUAAUCAAAGUUCCAAUUAAUUCUAAAACCAUUUAUACCUUAAUUAAGUCAUAGAGGCGUUUGGAAAUGCAAUCAAUCAGGGUCUUUUAACACCAGGUCGUAAUUUGGUGACUAUUGUGGGAAAAGUCUCCUGCAAGACACAAUGAUGGGUCUUAGUAUUUUAAGGAAGAAUUAUAUUGCCAUUAGACUUAUCGCAUAUGUCACGUCAAGUAGACAUGAUAGAUGCGAUAUAUAUGACAUAUGUUUUAUAUAUCACAUAGACGUAAGCACAAUGUGUGUGUGUUUUGAUCGCAUGCAUCGAAAAAGGAUGAGCAUAGGCAUAUAACAUGAAUAAACUGACAAACAGACAGCUGUGCACACACACACACACACACACACACAAACACAUACACUCACACACAUAGUAAUAUAUAUUAGCAAUGGUUAUCGUUAAUAUACGUAAACAACUUUGUAAACGUGUAUCUCUGAUUCCAAUAUUCACGAUUUUAGAUACACUGUAUCUCAUUAUAUACUGUUUUUUUCCGAAACUCUUUGCUUCUGCUAAUAAAGUCUUCUGGACUGAAUUAUAA